GUUGUUUCUUGGAGUUGAUGUUGGGCUCAAUUUGCCGCCAUGGCUUCCACUAGUAACAGCCCGACCGAGAGGAAAAAGGUGUCCGAGCUGCGUGUUAUCGAUCUGAAAUCCGAGCUGAAGCGGAGAAACCUGGACGUGACUGGGGUGAAGAACGUGCUGGUUGCCCGGCUCAAGCAGGCAAUUGAAGAAGAAGGUGGUGAUCCUGAUAAUAUUGAAAUUAGUUCUUCAGCAGAUACUCCUUCGAAAAAGCUCAUGAAGAACAAAGGCAAGAAACAAGAGGCCGAUGAAUCUGGGUGUGAAGCUUCUAUGGAAGAAGAUAUCGUUAAGGAAUUUGAGCUGGAGUCUCAAGAUUUAAGUGACCAAGAUGGUAGUGAUGAAGUAAAGGAUCCUGAGGAGCAUGAAGAUGGUGAUGAUGAUGAUGACGAAGAAACUUCUAAGUGUGUCACAGUGCUAUCCCCAGAAGUCAAGAAGAACGGUGAAUCAAAGCCUGUCCCUCCAGAAGAAGACUCUGAAAAAGAACCUCAAAACCAAGAUAAUGAAAAUCAGGACUCCCAAACAUUUUCUGAUCAUGAUGUGGUGCCUGAUGAAGGUGAAGACGAAGACAAUGAUAAAGAUGUAACAGGUUCUGGUGAUGGUAUACACGACGUAUCUAAACCUCUUCAUUCAGAAGAAAAUGGAUCAGAUUCUGCUGUUAAAGAAGAAAUCAAAGAUCACACUUCUGUGAAAGAAGCUGAUGACGAUAAUGUGUCUGUCACAAUCCAGGCUGAAGAUGCCAUCACUAUCGAUUGUGAUGGGGAUGACCUUCUGGAAACAGGUAAAAAUGUAAAACUUGCAGAUUCUGAGGCAUGCAAGGCAAAGGAUGAGCAGGAGGCGACUGGCACCAAGGAUGGCCUAGAGAAACAAACAGAUGACAUGUCCAAGGACCAAAAAGAUGUCAAGAAGGAGGAGAACAUUAAAGGAGAUGGUGUUAAGAAAGAAGCCAGAGAAGGUUCGAAGAAAGCUGAAUCUGGAGAUAAAGACAAGGAUUCUCAGAAGAAAGGUCCCUCAUCUACUGGGACCUCAGGUCAAGCAAAGAGUUCGUCUAAAGAUGGAAAGGAAAGCAAAACCACAUCCAAAGAUGAUAAAGGAAAUACUAGUAGCAUAAGUGGAAGUUCUCUGAGAAAUCUUUGGGUCAGUGGACUUUCUUCAAAUACAAAGGCAGCAGACUUGAAGAAUCUAUUUGGAAAGUAUGGAAAGGUUCUUAGUGCAAAAGUAGUUACUAAUGCAAGGAGUCCAGGAGCAAAAUGCUAUGGAAUUGUCACAAUGUCAUCCAGUGCCGAUGUGUCCAGGUGUAUUUCUCACCUCCAUCGUACAGAGUUGCAUGGCCAACAGAUAUCUGUAGAAAAGUGGAAGAGCGAUCCUUCCAAACGAGACCAAAAGAAAGAGGGGGACGACAAAAGUACUUCUGGGAGAACAUCUGGCGAGAGGAAGUCAUCAGGUGGUGAUAAAAGCAGCAAGCCUCCAAGUUCAGUUAAAAAAGAUGACAAAAAGUCUGACAAGCCAGAGAAGAAAGACAGCAAAGAUGCCAAGAAAGAUGGCAAAGAAAAGAGUGACGAUGGCUCUCAAGAUCCAGCAAAGAAGAGUGAAGAAAGGAAACGGCCAGGUAAAAGUCCUGGACAGAUGGUAGUAAUAGAUCAAACUAAAGGAGAUCAAAUGCAUAUGAGACCACCAAUGAGACGAGGUCGUUUUGAUAAGACCAGGAAUAGAGAGAGGUUUUUCCAGAACAAAAUGAAGUUCCGGGACAAAAAAGACAUCAUGACAUUUGAAAAAAUGAAAGCACAAAAACUCCGAGAAAAUGUUGAACGUCUGCAGCGAUUACAGAGAUAUCACAGAGCUGUGGAACUGCGAAGAAGACGCAGGGAAAUGGCAGAGAGAGAGCGGCGGGAAAGGGAGCGUGUACGAAUAAUGCGUGAACGUGAAGAGCUUGACCACCUACAAAGGGAACGCGAAAGACUAGAAAUAGAACGACAAAAGCUGGAACGUGAGCGAAUGGAGCGUGAACGCCUGGAAAGAGAACGUAUUCGAAUUGAGCAGGAAAGGCGAAAAGAAGCUGAGCGCAUUGCUCGUGAAAGGGAGGAACUGAGACGACAGCAAGAGCAACUUCGGUUUGAACAGGAGAAGAGAAACUCAUUAAAACGGCCUCGUGAUGUUGACCACAGGAGAGAUGAUUCCUUUUGGAGUGAGAACAAGAAGAUGGCAAUGGAUACAGACUCUCGCUUCAGCCAAGGAUCUGACUACAACCGCCAGCAAAAUAGGUUUAAUGACUUUGACCAUAGAGAGCGGGGUCGUUAUCCAGAAUCUUCUUCAGCAUCAUCUUUUGAAAGACGUGACCGAUUUGUAUCACCAGAAGGCAAAAAGGGUUUUAACAAAAACUUUGGUGAUUCACGAAGAAAUUAUGCAGCACCACCUCCUCGAAAUGAACCACGAGACACAGACAGGAGAGAUCGGGAUGAAAGACGACCUGUGGGAAUGGAAAGAGCAGCAGGUAGUAGACCUGAUGGCCAAAGCCAUGAGCGAGGCAGAAUGAACAAUCCAGAUAUUCAGCAUGCCCGCCACCCGAGAGACCCUCCAGGAAACCCACCACGUUCAUCUAGUUGGAAGGAAGGGGCAAUGCCCCCAGACAAGCGAGAUACAAGGCCAGGCAGAGAUGGCCCUGGCCAUUCUUCCAGAGGUGGUCAUGGCAGUCGCGGUGGUAAAUCAGGCUACAGUGGAAGAGAUGGUGACCGUCCAGUCAUGGCAGGGGAUCGUGGAAGUGGACAACACUAUAAUGAAGGCAGACACAUGGCCCCAGGAAGGGAUAAUACUGGUCCAAGAAAGGAAUGGCAUGGUCCCAACACACAAGGGAGUGGAUAUGACAACAGAAGAAUGUCAGAUGGUCGCAGUGGAGGCAUGAUGUCGUCACAUUCUGGUAAUUCAGCCAUCAACAGAGUUGUACCAAUGUCGGGUGGGUCCAUGCAGCGUGGAAGUGGCUCUGGAUUCAAGCCGUUUAAGGGAGCACCCCAAAGGAGAUACUAAGUCUUCGGCUGCCUGUAUUUUGGAAUAACUUAUUCUUUUUCUUGUAAACCUUUCUAAAUUUGACAAGGGUUUUCAUAUUUUGUUUUUUACCAUUUUAAUUCUUUGUUUUAUGAUGGACUUUUAAUGGUAUAGUGAAGUUGUUCCUUGGUCAAACAGUCCUGGGAAAUAACUAAUAACAGUAUUUGGAUCCAAAUGUUAAGAAUCUUUUUUUUUUUUUUUUGUUUUGUUCUAAAAUAGCAUGGACAGGCUUUACAGUGCAAAUAAACCUUUGGCCAGCACAUCUGACAUUGUAAUGCUUGGAUGGAUUCAAAUACGUUCCAGAGCGGAGCUUGUACAAGUGUUUAUAGCUUCUUUUAUGUGGAGGGAAUGCAAAGUCUCGGCACAAUCUUUUCUCCUGCUCAAGGCUU